CACGGUGAAGUGGUGAAUCUCUCCAGAGUAGUAAUGUGUAAUCCCUGCCCCUGAAUGGCCUAGCGGUGCCAUUGUUUCCAGCCUGGGCUGUCCUUUGCCCUGGUGAUCACCCCAAGGAGGGCUUCACCCAGAGUACUCUUCAAGUCAGCUGUGGGGCUCCGUGGGUCACCUUUGGUCUGUCUGAUCACCUGCUCCUCCCCACAAUCGCACCAGCUAUCAACGCUGUACUUCCUCCUGUGGCUGGAAAGGAAAACCUCACCCUCUGGGAUCCUGACCCUGCUCUGCAACUAGUUACUAAUUAGCUGCGAAAGUACAAUGCCAGCUGUAUUCCUACCAGUGCCUUUGGCUGGCUGAGAGGGAUGGGUGUCUCAAGUGCAGCCCCAGCUCAUGCUCACCCACCAGCUCAUCCUCCACCUUCAGCUGUUGCAGCCCCGGGCCAGCCCCAGCAGCCUGGCCUGAUGGCCCAGAUGGCUACCACUGCUGCUGGGGUUGCUGUUGGAUCUGCAGUGGGCCACGUGGUUGGCAGUGCUCUCACUGGGGCAUUCAGUGGCGGUAGCAGCACUGAGCCAGCGGAGCCAGCGAAACCAGCCAGUACUAUCCAGGAGCCCAGGCAGCCUGCGUUCCAGCAGCCGCAGUAUGGCCCUUGCCACUAUGAGAUGAAACAGUUCUUGGAAUGUGCUACCAAUCAGAGUGACUUGACCUUGUGUGAAGGUUUCAACGAGGCACUGAAGCAGUGCAAAUAUAAUAAUGGUGUCUCCUCCCUCUUGUGAAGACAUUCAGUGCUAAGACAGGGAAACAGGAGCCUGGAGUACAGACAAGAAUGGAAGAGAUUGGAAGGAAUGGCUAGUGACCAAAGUAAGCAGGUGAAAGGAAUGAUAGUCUGACCAGUGGAAGGAACCACUUAGCGCUAACAUGCUUCCAGAAUUGCCAAGAAAGAACAACGCUUUGGACUUUGAUGGGGCUUUUAGAAUCCAGAUCUCAUUUGAUUUGCUACAGUGAAAUAUGCAAUAAAAGGAGAUGGUUUAUUUUAA